AUGUCUGAAGAAGAGUACGAUCUCGAGCACCACAAGCAGAUUACUGCGCGUCGCAACUUCGAUAAGGUUAUCUUCGGCAAAUGGUCCAUCCGAACCUGGUAUUUCUCCCCUUAUCCCUUGAUGGAAAGCGAGGUUGAGAGUGAAGCGGCGCUUUGGGUCUGCGACAGAUGUUUCAAGUACAUGACGGAGGGUGCGGUUUGGGAAGGGCAUUGUCGGAAAUGCACUCGCCGACACCCACCGGGCAGAAAAGUCUAUCAACGAGGCGCGCACAUCAUAUGGGAGGUCGAUGGCGCGAAGGAGAAGUUAUACUGUCAAAAUCUGUCGCUUUUUGGGAAACUGUUCAUCGACAUUAAGACACUCUUCUUCGAUUGCGAUAACUUCUUAUUCUAUAUACUGACGGACGCAGAUAGCACGCGUGAUCAUGUUCUUGGAUUCUUCUCGAAGGAGAAAGUCUCGUAUGACGAAUACAACUUGGCUUGCAUCGUCGUAUUGCCGCCAUACCAGCGGAUGGGAUAUGGGAUGCUGUUGAUAGAAUUUAGUUAUGAGCUUUCGAGACGAGCAGAAACGCUGGGCACUCCGGAACGUCCGCUGUCCGACCUCGGUCUGCGAAGCUACUUAACAUACUGGAUAGCUACCAUUGUACGAUACUUACGGUGA